AUGACGCAUUUACUCCCGCCCAUGCUGUUGAACCUGUUCGCCCCGCGUCCGCCGCUGCGAUGGGUUGAACCAGCCGACCACGCGCCCGAGAAGCGGUGCACGCCCAAGAUUGGCGGCAUCGGACAGUACAUGGACGCUCUGCGCGAGUACAAGGACAACGAUGGCUAUGUGCCGACCGACAGUUGGCUGCAGAAGCGCGAUCGCAAGAAGCUGGAGAAGAAGGAGAAACAGGAGAAGUUGAUUACCGAAGGUGUCAAAGACUAUAAACCGUCUGAGGAUCCAAAGGUUCAGGGCGACGCCUUCAAGACUCUAUUCGUAUCGCGCCUUGCUUAUGGUGUCACUUCCGACGACCUCGAGCGCGAAUUCGGUCGCUACGGUCCAAUUGAGCGCAUUCGCAUCGUCGAGGACGUUACCCAACCCGCCGACGCACCACUGAAGAAGCGAAAGCGCGGUUAUGCUUUCAUCGUCUUCGAGCGCGAAAAGGACAUGAAAGCCGCGUACAAGGAAACCGACGGAAUCAAGAUCAAAGACCGACGCGUCCUCGUCGACGUCGAGCGCGGCCGCACCGUAUCUGGAUGGCGUCCUCGUCGCUUUGGUGGCGGGCUCGGUGGUCGAGGCUACACCAAGGGCCCGUCUGCUCGUGGUCCCGCUGCUCCCGGCGGCUUUGGAGCUGCCCCAGCAGGUCCUGGUGGCUUUGGUGGACGCGGUGGCUUCCAGAGCGGCGGUUUCGGCGGACGUGGCGGAGGCGGAGGCGGCGGCGGAGGCGGCUUCAGGGGUGGAUUUGGGGGUGACCGAGGAGGCUUCCGAGGAGGAUAUGGCGGAGGAGGUCGAGGAGGUGGUGGCUUUAGCGGUGGCCGUGGAGGUAUCGGCUACCAACCAGGCGGCUACGGUGGACCCCCAGAUGGUGCACCUGCCGGACCUCGAGGCCCGCGAGGCGGAGGUUUCGGUGGCGAUCGUGGAGGUAGGGGUGGCUUUGGCGGCGACCGCAGUGGAGCAGGGACCGAUACCGCGACCGCGACGGUGGGUAUGGUGGAGGCAGCCGAGACGGGCGCGACAGUCGCGAUGAUGGCUCCCGAAAGCGACCAUACGAGGGUGACAGCUACGACGACUCACGAACCCGACGACGAUACUAGGCUGGCCCAAGGCCUGAGGUAUUUUCUUGCAAGGGAGGGUAAGAAGCGUACAUUCAACCCACUCCUAGGCUUGCUUCAUUCGGGAUCCGUCUAA